AUGGGUCAAGUGCCACCACCAGACAUCCCCAUGAUGACACGGGGGCUACGGGAAGUCUGCGAGUUUGAAGGAAACAGAUUCUACAGAAAGAAAGGGACCCAGGAAUGGACUGAGGACACAUCCGACCCGGAGAGCAUUAAGCCACCUGCCGAAUCCCCUCACCUUUAUCUGUACCUUGUCCAAGAAGAACAAGGAGCUGGGGAACCGAAUCACUGGGCACUAUUUCUAGCGGAUGAAAACGAACCAGACUAUGGCUAUGUCUACCAAGUCACCGGAAAGGCAGAGGACAUGGUUUACGAGCCCUCCGCCGAGAAGGUGAAUUUGUUUGACGCCGGUAUCACUUCCAAUGUCUAUAACCUGGCUGUUGUGUCCAAAGAGCAGGCCAAAGCAGCAUUGCUAGUGAAACAUACCGCAGAACAAGAGCCGCCUCCUAGAGCCAAUGAUCGAAAGUCCGCUACGGAGAGUUGCCAAGGAUGGACUAUGCGUGUCAUAUCCAAACUGGUUGACGAGGGGAUUGUUAUGUCCCAAAAGCUCGAGAUGGCAAGAUCUAUGCUGCAACCAGUCUGA